GAACGGUGAGGGCGCAGCUUAUAGGAAUACGAAAUUUCGAUGAUCUUUCUUGUGUAUUAUGUGACAUACUGAUUUUGCCUAUAUUUUUUCUUUAAAAAGUAAUGUUGAAAUAACAAGCAGCUAAGACGUGCCUUACGUUUUAAUAGCUUAUCGUUUCUUUAUUUGCUUAACUUGGCACAAAGUGAGUUAUUCUCGCUAACAGAUCCUUCGGCCAUCUUAUCAACUCGAUUCUAAACAAACGUGCCUCAACGGAUCCGCAAUGGCGGAGACAAACGGGGCCGCAAAUUUAAACACAAAAAAUGGAAAUUUUAUUUGCGGUGUUGUAGAAGGAUUUUAUGGAAGACCAUGGACAACGGAACAACGAAAAGACUUGUUUCAAAAACUCAAAAAAUGGGGAAUGGAUUCAUAUUUGUACGCUCCCAAGGAUGAUUAUAAACAUCGUGCUUAUUGGAGAGAUUUGUAUACGGUGGAAGAAGCUGAACAUCUGACGGGUUUGAUCACAGCUGCUAGAGAAUGCGGUAUUACAUUUUAUUAUGCUCUAUCUCCAGGAUUAGAUAUCACGUAUUCCAAUGCCAAGGAAGUGGCAGCGUUAAAAAGAAAAUUGGAACAAGUUAGCCAAUUUGGUUGCACCGCGUUUGCCUUAUUGUUCGAUGAUAUAGAACCAGAAAUGAGCGAAGCAGACAAAGAAAUGUUUCAAUCAUUUGCACAUGCACAAGUUUCUGUAACUAAUGAUAUUUUUCAACACCUUGGACAACCUCGUUUUCUUCUAUGUCCAACACAAUAUUGCGCUACUCGAGCAAUACCUAAUGUAUCUUCUUCUGAGUACCUGAAUACUCUUGGAAUGAAAUUAGCUCAAGAAAUUGAUAUAAUGUGGACAGGUCCUAAAGUAAUAUCCAGACUUUUAACCAUUGAAUCUAUUGAAGAAAUUACAGAAGUUCUUAGAAGACCACCUGUCAUUUGGGAUAACUUACAUGCUAAUGAUUAUGAUCAAAAAAGAGUUUUUCUCGGACCUUAUUCCGGUAGAUCACCAGAUCUUAUUCCUAAAUUAAGAGGUGUUUUGACCAAUCCUAAUUGUGAAUAUGGUGCCAAUUUUGUUGCUAUUCACACAUUGGCACAAUGGAGCAGAUGCAAUAUUGAUGGAAAGAGAGAUUUAAGUCUGAACGACACUGUAUCUGCUGAUAUUAAAUUAGAAACAGAAACGGAAGAUGGAGUUAUUGGAGAAGACGUACCUUCAACUUUAUCUCCAAACAUGUAUCAUCCGCGUCAUGCAUUGAAAAAUGCAAUAAAUGAAUGGUUAUCAGAGUUUAAUAAGAAAAAAGCAGCAUGGGGUGUUAUAGCAAAACCACAACCAUGCGUUGCCCCAACAAUACCAAUUCCAAUUAUUCCUUCUGUUAAUACAUGUAUGAGUUUGACAUCCACUACAACGACAACGGUUCCAGCAACUCCUACACCAGUAACUAAUUCUAAUCACUUACAAGCAUUGGCUGAAGUAUGUUCUACUGUCACAAGUAGCGAUAGUUUUGCCCAACCUUCUACUGGACCUAUUAUGAAUUCUUUAGUAUCUGAUACCAAAGUAAUCAGUGAACCUAUAGUUUCAACAAUAUCUCCCAGUAUAGGAAAUGAAGCAAUUCCAUCGAUCAUGUCUUCGGUUGAGCCAAUGGAUUGUAACACAACUCCUAGUGAUUCUCCUGCUCAUGGAAUAAAAAUACAUGUAGAAGAUGACAUCAUGGUAGAAAAUACUUCUACAUGUAGCGAAGCUUCUGCAGGUAUGCAAGUAGAUGUAGAUGCUACUUCACCAACGGUUAAUGGUACACAAAUGAUUAUCGAAAAUGAUAGUGAAACUCAUGAGAAUAAUGAUAAUAUAGAUCAAGAUAGUUUGUCAAUGAAAGAUGCAGACAAACAAUUAACUCAAGAGGAUCUAUGUUUGUUGUGCGAUUUAUUCUAUUUACCAUUUGAACAUGGUGGUCAAGGUAUUCAAUUGUUACAAGAAUUCAACUGGCUAAAGAGCAAUGCUCACGUUGUUAUGAAAAAAUCAAAGGAAGAAGAUGUUGCUUCGCAAUCUGAUAUUGAAGAGUGGCAUGCUCGUGCAGCUAAAAUGAAUGAUAUGUGUAACGCAGUAAACAGAUUAUUUCAACGACUUACCUACUGUAAUAAUCGCGAACUAUUAUAUGAUUUAUAUUCAUAUAUGUGGGACAUGAGAGGAGUUGUAUCAUUACUAAAUAGUUAUGUAAAAUGGUUAGCAUUUGGCAGAUUCCCAGCAACGAUGACAACGUAUACCCAGGGAAGCUACACAUGGUUUUCUAAUGGUUGGAAAGAAACAUUUAUGAGUGGUGAUCAAGAACCAUGGGUUUUUCGUGGUGGUCUUACAGCUGAUCUACAGAGAUUAAUUCCGGUGGAUAGUGGCAAUGAUUUAUUUGUUUAUAAAGCACCAGAAGUACCUAGUAGUACAAUAUAUACGAUACGGCCCUAUUUAUCGAGCGAUGAAGGAGCAGUUUAUGCAGUGUGUAAUCAAAUUUCUAACUGCACAGGAUCAUCGGCUGUAGCAGACAAAUUAGUUGGCGGAUUUUUAACAUUAAGUCCUGAAUUGUGUAUGAUUGUUGAAGAUGAGAAUGGAGUAGUAGGAUAUGCACUAGCUGCCUUAAAUGUUAAAUCUUAUAACCAGAGGAUGGCAGUUUCUUGGAUUCCUGAAUUAAAAAUGAAGUAUCCUUUGGAUACUGGCAUAAAUAAUUUACCACAGGAUAUUCAAGAUGCAAUACAGUAUUUUCAUACAUUUAACCCGGAUGUAUCGGAACAACUGUGUAGACAUCAUCCAUCUAAACUUCUAUGCUCAAUACUACCUACUGUAACAGAUCAGUCAAUUCCUAAAAGAUUGAUAACUUGUGUCUUAGCAGCUUUAAGAGCUAAUGGUUCUUUUGGAGUUCAUACGACUAUGUGCUCUACGGAUAAAGAAAUGAAUGAGUUUUAUACAAAAUUAGGUUUCGUUGAAUUAAAUCCAGCACAAGAGGAACAUCCUGCAAUUAAAACAAUGUGUAGAAGUUUCUAACAGAGACUGAACACGUCGUUAUUAUUUUUAAAUAAAGUAUAUAUACUUGGAUCUUCUACGAAGAAGAAAGGAUUUAUAACAUAAACAAUUUCGUAAUCCAAGUAAAAUUUGUUUACUACGAAUUUGAAAAGAAAAAUCUCCAUUCUUUUUUACAUUAUUAUUU